UUACAGCCUUUAUUUUAAAUCCAAACCAACAUUAAUUUUAUUUAAUGAUAACUUCUAAUCCUUAUUUUGCGCUUGAUUCCGCCGAAAGAGAAGGAGAAGAGGAAGAGAGAGUAUGAUGAUGCUGAGGCAAACCGCGAAAAAGGGUUUUCUAGGGCUAAGGAAUCCCACGGCGUCUCCAGUACUAGGAGGGGUUGGGCGUCGAUUGUACCACGAGAAUGUAAUCGACCACUUUGAAAACCCUCGGAAUGUUGGAUCCUUCAACAGGGAUGACCCUGACGUUGGCACUGGAUUGGUAGGAUCUCCUUCCUGCGGGGACCUCAUGAGCCUCCAGAUUAAGGUCGACGUUUCCGGUCAAAUCAUUGACACUCGGUUCAAGACCUUUGGCUGUGGCUCCGCUAUCGCCUCUUCUUCCGUCGCUUCCGAAUGGAUCAAGGGCAAAACGAUAGAGGAUGUUUUGACUAUCAAGAACGCGCAAAUCGCAAAGCAUCUUCGGUUGCCACCCGUCAAGCUACAUUGCAGUAUGCUUGCAGAAGACGCCAUCAAGUCCGCAGUCAAUGACUACAAGGAGAAGCAAGCAAAGGCUAAUGGUGGUGUCGCAGGAGACACCCUCAUGGCCUGAUUUCACUAAUAUAUUCCGCACUGUGCUGCUUAUGAAACCUACAAGGAGUGGUGUGUUUUAGUUCUUGAAGGUUUUAAUUUCUACUGUUUAAUUAGUAUGUGCUUUGAAUAAAAUUAGCUGAUGAUUGAUAGUAAUAUAAGUCUUAUUCUGCAUUUUGAUUUUCCUGUCUCUUGGAUUCUUGAUCAGUUUAAUUCAUCUGAUAUUAGUC